CGCGAUGACGCAUUGACGCCGACUUUUAUCUGACUGACGCAUCAGUUUCAUUCCGUCUGUAAACAAGCCACCGACGAAAGUUAUUAUGCCUCAACUAAUAACUUAUGAUCACGUUAAUACUGAAGCGCACCGGCUCUGAUCUGAGAUCAUCAACAGUUAAAGAGGUUUAAUCCAGAAUGCUGGAGACUGUGACUGAUGCAGUAAGUUUGCUCCCUUAUGCCAAUACCAGUGUGUUUCCCACCACGGACAACAGCUCUGAGUUCAACCCUGACCAUGAGAACAACAUCACCAAACCACACAGAUGCCUGCAGAUCCUGUACGACGACAUCGGACACUCCAGGGUUCGUUACUGGGACGUGAUGCUGCUCGUCCCAAACGUGGCUUUCCUGGUCUUCCUGAUGUGGAAGCUUCCUUCUGCUCGCGCUAAGAUCCGUCUGACCUCCAGCCCCAUAUUCGUGGCGUUUUACAUACUGGUGUUCGUGGUGGCGGCUGUAGGAAUCACACGUGCCAUCGUCUCCAUGACCGUCAGCACAUCCAGCGCCGCCACACUCAUAGACAAGGUGCUUUGGGAAAUCACGAGGUUCUUUUUAUUGGCUAUUGAGCUCAGCGUCAUCAUACUGGGACUGGCUUUUGGCCAUCUGGAGAGCAAGUCCAGCAUCAAGCGUGUGUUGGCCAUCACUGCGGUCCUGUCUCUGGCUUACUCCAUCACACAGGGGACUCUGGAGAUUCGUUUCCCGGACAAACAUCUCUCCGCCAAAGACUUCAACAUCUACGGCCACGGCGGGCGCCACUUCUGGUUGGCCAGUUCCUGUUUCUUUUUCCUGGUGUAUUCCCUGAUAGUCAUCCUACCUAAAACUCCAGUCAGAGAGCGGAUCUCGUUACCAUCGAAGAGGAGUUUUUACAUGUACGCUGCCAUCCUGUCCCUGCUCAAUCUGGUUCAGGGUUUGGGAAGCGCGCUGCUCUGUGCCGACAUCAUUGAAGGCCUGUGCUGUGUGGAUGUGACCACAUUCCUGUACUUUUCCGUCUUUGCUCCUCUGAUCUAUGUGACGUUCCUCAAAGGAUUCUUCGGUUCCGAGCCCAAAAUCCUCUUCUCCUACAAGUCACAAAUCGAUGAGCCGGAGGACUCUGACGUUCACCUGCCCAACACCUCGUCCUCGGGUCUGGGCCGGAAGGAUCUGGAUCACGGCUCGUACUCCAGCACGCAGAUCGACGGCUCUGGAGCGUAUCUGGACGACGUGGUGUCGGGGCCCUUCAGCGGAGGACACAGCAUCAACAGCAUCGACAGCGACCGCUGGAGGGCCCUCAACGCCUGAACACGCUUUAACACUGACCAACAUCUGACUUCAGUUUCUCAUGGACUGCCUUGAUCCGGAAACGCUUUUCCCAGUCAGUGCUGUUAUUUAAGAUCGAUUUCAUUUGUAUUCCAUGAAUUCAACAUUCCUUGUGUAACACCAGUGCUCUUAAUUUGACGUGUGUGUGUGCUCGGAUCUGUACCGCAGGCAACUUUAAUGGACUUUGUGACGUGCAUAAUGUAAUAUAUUUCUCGAUCGCCGUUAGAUGAUUUCACGAUGUUAUGCUACUGAUACCAGCAAAAUAUCUGCUCGUGUUUUGAUGCUCGUUUUCUGCCAUUAGAGUUGUUUUGCACUGAUUUGGCUCAUUCGCUUGCUAAUUUGAAGUCUUAAGGACCCUGUAAUCUACCUUGGCUCUGUUCAUAUGCUUCAUAUGGGCUGAGCGUUCAUCUAGAAAUUUGUCAAAACAUUUAUUUCUCCGUGCUAUAUCAUAGUUUUGAAAGCAUUUUUAUUUAUUUUAGUUAUCUGAUGAAUUUGGUUUUAGCCUGUCAUCAUUAGACUUGGGUUCAGUUCUUAAAGUGAAAGCUUAAACCGUGAUCUUUGUUCAUCUUUCUACUUUUGAUGGAAUACCACUAGUUAAUCACAACCUAACUUUUUUUGGUGCACAGAAAAAAAUCUUCAUUUAAAUCUGGCCUGAGUAAAAUGCUUGUUUCUUAUUGCUUAUUUCUCUUUUUUUCUUUAAACAUGAUUUGAACAUGGAGAGAAGAUGUUUUAUGAUUAAACUGCAUGUAUUUAGAGAUGUGUGGAUGCUCUGCUGUUUUGUUUAAUUAUUUUUUUAUUUGCACACAGUGGAUUUUAAGGCAAUUUAGUGUUGAAGUUUUAAUUUUUGCACUGAAAUGCAACUCUAAAUGAGUUAUAUGAGUAAUAUAAUCUGAAAUUCAGUGCAA